AUGGCGCCAGGGGAUUUGAUUGACUUUGAUUUGAUCGAGGCACAAAAGGAAAAUGUUCAAUCCCUCCCUGGUGGACGGUCAGCGAGGGCACUUGCUGCUGUUCUCUCUGGAGGCCCUGGUGGUGCUUCAUCACCAGGACUGGAUGAAACCAGAUCUUUUAACGAUUCAAUCCGCCGAGAAUACGAAGUCGAACUUCAAUCCAUCGCCGAAUCUGACGACCCGCUGGAUAUAUAUGACCGCUACGUGAAGUGGACUUUGGAUGCAUACCCAUCAUCACAGGCUACACCACAAUCUGGUCUUCUUCCACUACUGGAGCGUGCGACGAAAGCGUUUUUGUCAUCGACCCAUUAUAAGAACGACCCACGAUAUCUUAAACUCUGGUUACAUUAUAUUCGGAUUUUCUCCGAUGCACCACGAGAGACAUUUGCGUUUUUGGCGCGACAUGGUGUUGGAGAGAAUCUUGCCCUAUUUUACGAAGAAUUUGCUUCCUGGUUAGAAAGUGCUGGGCGGUUUACACAGGCAGAGGAGAUUUAUAUACUAGGGCUAGAACGAGAGGCGCGACCCACUGAACGAUUACUACGGAAAUUCAAUGAAUUUCGAGCCCGGCUUGAACAUCAGCCAUGGCCCUCAGACGGCCCAUCCUCACCUGCGUUGCCCAAGGUGCGGCCAGCCUUGGCAGCGAAAAUCGACCCCUUCGCUUCCACUGCGCCGUCGCCUGUUGAUCCCCAAGCACCAACACCAGCAGCCGCCAGAGGCCCGACAUCCAAGAGGUCUGGAAAGCCAAAGAUGGCGAUUUUCUCCGAUGCCGAUAGCACGCAAGAUAGUGGAAAGCCGCUGGCCGGUAGUAAAGCAAAGGGUUGGGAGAGUAUUGGGUCGCUGCAUGAUCGCAGGAAGGAGAAUACAGUGGAGGCGAAACCUUGGGUCGGGGAAACAUUGAAAUCAGGGAAACGGGUUGGAACAGUACAAAAGAUGGAGGUGUUUAAGGAUAAGGACUAA